AUGAGUGCGGAGGGGACUAUAGAAAGGCUAAGAGAAUGUUUUGCUCGUUUUGGUCUUCCGCGAAUUAUAUUUUCGGAUAAUGGUAGACAGUUUGUGUCGGAGGAAUUUGCUCAUUUUUGUAAGAACAAUGGAAUUAAUCAUAGAACGUCAGCUCCGUAUCAUCCAGCUACCAACGGUUUAGCGGAGAAUGCAGUGGGCAAUUUUAAAAGAGGAUUAUUAAAGGCGUUAGCAGAUAAGCGAAAUGCGUCAGUGAGUACAACCACAUUAAUUAAUAGGUAUUUAGCUUCAUAUAGGAAUGCGCCACAUGCGAGCGUAGGAGAAAGUCCUGCAAAAUUAAUGUUUGGUCGCGAAAUGAGAACGAAGUUGAGUUUGUUAACCAGUGCGGAAAGGGAAAAGGCUAGAGAGAGGCAGGUACGAUAUUUUAAGGGAAACAGAGAAGUUGAGUUUGAGCCAGGCGAAAUGGUUUAUGUGAAAGAAGAUUAUAAGUGUCCAACAAAGCCAACAUGGCGUAAAGCAAUUAUUAAGGAUAAAUUAGGUGUUAGAACUUAUUUAUGUAAAGCGUUAGAUGCAGAAGGAGUAGUAUGGAAGAGACAUACAGAUCAAAUUGUAAAGGUUGGAAGGUUUUAUAGCAAGGAAGAGGCCUAUUUGAUGCAACAGGAAGAAGGAAAGGAUUUGAGGGAGUCAAAAAGGGGUAAAGAACCGGAAAGUGAGGGUAAACAAGUCAUAAUUCAGAAAGAGGACGAAGCGAAGAUUAGUGUUGCCCAUGUCAGACCUAAGAGAGAGAUUAAACCGGUUGAGAAACUAAAUUUAUAA